AUGAGCUCCUUCAUUCGUUUCGCCGGUGCUACCGCUCUUGUCCUCUCCCUUGGACUCUUUGUCAGUGCUCUGCCAUUGGUUUAUGCCAACCUCAAGGUCGCAGUAGGCACCGAUGCGGUGUCAUGCUCAUUCAAGAAGAUGAUUAUCGACCUCGGCCUCGAUGCUAAAAUUAAAGCGCUCUUGGUUUGCGGCUCUAUUGAAGAACUUGAGGUGGCCGUCGUUGCUCUAAUUACCUUGUUCAAAGGUUGCACCGAUGAUCUUGUUAAGCUUGGUGCGGGAGUUGUGAUCGAUGCAAAUGCCAAGCUGAGCCUGGUUGCCUGCGUCGCCAGCAUCAUUACGCUACUUGUACAAGUUCUUGUUCAAGUCUGCCUGAAGUUCGGUAUUGCUGCAACUGUACACAUCUGUGCUCAGAUUGAUGUCGCUAUCCGUGCUCUCUUGAUUGCUCUCAACAUCUGCGUCGACGGUAUUUUGGUUCUCGUUGUUCAGGCCCUCGCUACCAUUAUUGUGACCCUCUGUGCCCAAGUCAAGCUUGACUUGUGCCUCGCUCUCUUCUCCAAGGUGUCUGCUACUGUCGCAUAA